UCCAUUUAUACUGGUUUAUACAUUACUCACCAAAAUUUCUGAUCUGAAAAUUUGAUGUUCUUCGAUAAAUUUUAGUGUAACGUGACAACGUGCAUGAAAAUUGACUCACGAGAUUGGAAGAAUAAAGCUACGAGUGCGAGGAGGAAGCUGAACCGAGAUCGAUCACAUAUCAAACAGUAACAAUGGCGACGAAUCAGAAACCGGUUUUUGGGUACGUGGUGAUCUACGUGAAAGACGUAGCUGCCUCGGUGGCUUUCUUUGCCAAAGCCUUCGGCUAUGAAGUUCGUCGCUUAGACGAGUCUCACAGAUGGGGAGAGUUGGAAACGGGGAGCACAACUAUCGCUUUCACUCCGAUUCACCAGCACGAGACCGAUAAUCUGACCGGUGCGGUUCACAGCUCUGGAUCUGGUGGAGAAAGACCACCCAUGGAGGUUUGUUUUGUUUACUCCGACGUAGAUGCUGCUUUUAAGCGUGCGGUGGAGAAUGGAGCGGUGGCUGUAAGGGAGCCGGAGGGAAAGGAGUGGGGCCAGAAGGUUGGGUACGUCAGAGAUAUUGACGGCAACGUUGUUAGAAUGGGAAGCCAUGUCAAACCACCCAAAUGAUUCUUUCUCUAUGUUUAGGUGGACUUCGAGAAACUUGGGAAAUAUUAUGCUUUUUACGUUAGUUUUGUAUGCGUAUUUCAGUCACUGACGAAUAAACUUGCUGUCAACUAAACCAUGAAAUAAAUGGAUUUUUCUCACUUGCA